AUGGACGGCGGCGUUGGGAACGAGGCGGUGGUGAAGGCGGCGACCGCGGCGGCGGCGGCGGCGGCGUCGUCGGCACCGCUGCCGCCGCAGCAGCAGCAGCAGCCGGCGAAGAAGAAGAAGCGACCCCCCUCCCAGGAAGCGGCGUCGCCCGGCGGGGCCCCCUCAUCGCGGAAGAAGAAGAAGGCCCCCAAGGGGGUCGCUGGAUCGCCUGGCAAGGCCAAAGCGAAGAAGCCCGCCUCUCCAAAGCAGGGAGGAGCAUCCGUCGGCGGGGGCAAGACUACCCCAGGCAACAACAACAGCAACGGCAACGGUGGCGGCAGCCAGGCUACUACCGUUGGUCCGGUGCCGGGGGGCGUGUCCGGGAGCUCGAUCUACUGCGUCUGCCACAGCUCGGACGAGGGUUUCAUGGUGGAGUGCUCCGACGGGACGGGGGGCUGCGGGGGCUGGUUCCACCCGGAGUGCUGCAACCUCGAGCUCAGCCCGGAGCAGCGGCAGAAGAACGCCCUGAAGAAGUUCAAGUUCGUGUGCUCGCUGUGCGUCAAGGUCCGGCUGAAGGUCGAGAAGCGCAAGGGUAAGGCGGCCAAAGUCAGAGGUCGCAAGGGCGCGUCGUCGUCACCGUCAUCGACACAACCGCCGCCGCCGCCACCGCCGCCGUCGUCAUCAACCGACGCCGGCAAGCCUUCACCCGGCGCCAACGGCUUCAGCGGCGACGUGGAGGUGGUGAAGGGCAAGCCUAGGAAGAAGACCGUGAAGCCGAAGGCCGCUGACGCAGGAGCGGGCGGGGUAGUAGGGGUCGCUCCGCCUGCGGCGGCGGCGGCGGCGGCCUCGGCGGCGGGGAUGCCGCCCCCUUCCUCGAAGCCAAAGCUCAAGCGCCGGCGCUCUUCUGGCAGCAGCAGCGCUGGUGGCGACGGCACCGAUAAGAAAGCUGGAGAGGGCAGCGGUAAGCCGCGGAAGCCGAAGCUCAAGCGGCAGCGGUCGGCGGCGGCGGCGGCGGCAGAGCAGCCGGCCAGGAAGUCGGCGAUGGACGGCUCGGACGAGGACGACUCCUGGGGGGAGGAAAGCGUGGACGAGGACGGGAGGGGGGAGAAAGGGGCCCGCGCCUCGGCGUACAGCACGCGGGACCGCAAGGGGAGGGUGACGUACGUCGAGGAGGCCUCUGACAACGAGGACGACUACCUCACCGACGACAGCGACGACAACGGCGGCGGCGCCUCCUCCUCUUCCAAGCGCGGGUCCGCGGCAAUGGCCGCCGCCGACGCCAUCGCCUCUCUCCGAGAUGAGGACGACGAGCAGCAAGGAGGAGCCCCGGCGGUGGGCGUUGAGGGGGGAGCGGGGCGGGGUGCGGGAGAGGGAGAGUCGGUGCGGAAAGAGAUGUACCUCAUCAAGUGGAAGAACCUCAGCUACCUUCACAACAGCUGGGAGAUGGCGGCGCACCUGCAGGACCCACGACACCCCAGCAACCGCCAGAAGCUCCUGCGGUUCAACAACAAGAUGGAGCAGGAGCACGGCCCGCAGUGGAGGAAGGUCAUGGAGGACGAAGACGCGGAGGAAGGGGCGGCGGAGAAGGAGUACUACCCCUCGGACAUGGCGGAGGUCCAGCGCAUCGUCACGUGCGAGGCCACCAGCACCGCCCACGAGGCCGUACUCCGAAAGGAGAGACACGACAUGCUCUCCGGAGACUCCGCCGCUGCCGCUGCCGGCGCCGCCGCGGCCCCCGCCGCCGCCGGAGGCAACGACGAUGGCGACGACAGCGAUCCGGACUCCUUGGUGCUGUACCUGGUGAAGUGGAGGGGGCUGCCGUACGACCAGUGUUCGUGGGAGCACUUCAAGGACAUCCGGUUCGCGUCUGAUCAGAUCUUGGACUUCUGGGACUUCUGCCGACCGCGCCCGGAGGAGAUGGCGGAAGUCAACGCUCAGCUGUCGGCGGGGGGUAAGGGGAAGGGCGGGGGGGUUCGUGGCGGCGGGGAGGCUCUCAAGGGGCACAACCUGCGGGUGCGGGACUUUACGAAGCUCAUGACAAGCCCGGUGUUCGGGGUCACCGCGGCGGAGAAGGCCGCCAAAGGGGGGGCGGGGAGCGGGGGCGGAGGCGCAGGGGGGGGCUCGCGGGUGGAGCCCGCCGCCGCCGCCGCCGGGGGGGGGGGACUUACCCUCCGAGACUACCAGCUAGAGGGCGUAAACUGGCUCCUGUGGAACUGGUGGAACCACCGAUCUUCCAUCCUGGCGGACGAGAUGGGGCUAGGGAAGACCAUCCAGACGGUCGGAUUCCUGGACCAGCUCUGGAACCACAAGCUGACCAACAUCCGGGGACCGUUCUGCAUCGUGGCGCCGCUGUCUCUGGUGGCACAGUGGCAGAGCGAGAAGCUGCGAGCCGCGGGGAGGGUCAAGUUCCACAUCCUCAUCACCACCUACGAAGUGGCUCUCAAGGACGUCCGAGAACUUUCUCGGAUCCACUGGAAAGUUCUCGUGGUGGACGAGGCCCACCGACUGAAGAACUGCGGGUCGAAGCUGUUUCAGGAACUGGGGUCGCUCCCGCGUGACCACAGCCUGCUGCUCACCGGAACUCCUCUGCAGAACAGGACAGAGGAGCUGUGGGCAUUGCUUAACUUUGCGGACAGCCACCAAUUCUUCGACCAGCAGGGGUUCAAGGAGCAGUUUGGAGACCUCAAGGGGUCGUCGCAGGUGGCCAAGCUGCACGAGAUGCUUCGGCCGUACCUGUUGCGGAGGGUCAAGGAGGACGUCGAGAAGUCCCUUCCGCCCAAGGAGGAGACGAUCGUUGAGGUUAGCCUUACCCCGGUCCAGCGGCAGUUCUACCGAGCCAUCUACGAGAAGAACACCCAGUUCCUCUUCAAGGGGGCGAGGCCCGUGCACGCCCCGUCGCUGAUGAACAUCAUGAUGGAGCUCCGGAAGGGGGGUGUGUGCUGCAACCACCCGUUUCUCAACCGGGGCGUGGAGGAGCGCAUCCUGAGCGAGAUCCCCGACGAGCUCCACACCAAGGCGAACGUCCACAAGCAGCUCGUCGACGCCUCGGGGAAGGACUUCCUGAAAGGUGGCGUGGACGGGGAAGGGCCCGGGUACAAGUACGAGCGGCUGGACGGCAACACGAGGGCCAACAUGAGGACGGCGGCGGUGGAAAGGUUCAACCGACCGCAGUUCAAGAGGUUCGUCAUGCUGUUGUCGACGAGGGCAGGCGGCCUGGGCCUCAACCUCACCACGGCGGACACGGUGAUCAUCUACGACUCGGACUGGAACCCGCACAACGACCUGCAGGCCCAAGCGCGCGCCCACCGUAUCGGCCAGACGAAGGCGGUGAUGGUGUACCGGCUCCUCUCCAAGAAGACGUACGAGAUGCACAUGUUCCACCAGGCCAGUCUAAAGCUUGGUCUGGACAAAGCUGUUCUCGCGCACGCCCGGAGCGAGGCACAGCAGGGGGUUGACGAGGCCCCAGAGGGGGCCCCGGCGAAUAGCGGGACCGGCAUGAUCAGUACCCGGGGCACUGGCAAGCUGGACCUUGCGGCCGAGGAGAUCGACCACCUCCUUAAGCGAGGUGCUUACGACGUGUUCCACGAGGACGACACCGAGGGGAAGGACUUCGUAGAGGCCAGCAUCGACGACAUCAUGAAGCGCGCGGCCACCAAGGUGACCUACGGGAACACGUCCACCAACACCAAACUGUCCACGUCCUUCAGCAAGGGCAGCUUCGUGGCGAGAGAAGAAGAAGAACAGGGGCUCCUCGGGCAGCGCAGCCCCAAGCAGACCAAGGUGUUCGAUCCCCACAGCAACAGGGAGCACGUCCGGGAGGCGGGCGAAGCGGAUGACGGCGCUGCUGGUGGUCGCGAUCGUGGCGCAAAUAUGGGGUACGACUCUUACGACUCCGACGACAGCCUUGAGUCUGACUUUGCCGGGAGCGAGGCGAGAGAGGCGAGGGGGGACGAGGAGUACGAGCUCGAGGGGAGCAGCAGCAGCCGGAGAGAUCGCUCCAAGAAGUCGGGCAAGGCGGCUAGGGUUCGGUCCUCUAAGCCCAUGAAGGACUGGGGCACCCACAACCGGGACCGGCUGGUUAGGUCCCUCCAGCUGUACGGCUUCGGGAGGUGGCCCCGCAUCCGCAAGGAGGCCGGCGCGAGCAUACGGCCGCUCGAGGAUGUGGAGAGUUUCGCCAGAAGCUACGUCCUCCAGGCCGGGGUGUGCGCUCGAGAGGAGGAACGCUUGCUCGGCCUCAAGGCGGAAGAGGGAGGCGGCGGGGAGGACGGCCACCAGCCCAACGGCAGCGGCAGUGGGGGGGGCGGGAGCAAGCGGCCGGGCGCGAAGGAGGAGGAGAGCGAGUUCGUUCGGCAGGCGAUGAACGCCGCGAAGGAUAUCCAGGAUCAGAUCGCCAACGGUGUCAGGACCAUCGACAUCCCGGCGGUGCUGCGGGAGGAGAAGUUCGUGGAGAAGCUGGUAAAGCAGGGCCUAGCCAAGAAGGCCCUCCAGAGGCUGGACCUCUUGCGGAGGCUACAGAUCAUGGUGUCCAAGACUAUCGAGCGGGUCCUCCGCGACAUGCCCAGGGCCGACAGGCAGAGAAACGAGUCGGUCGAAGACAUGGACCUGCAGGUGUCCGCCCUGGCACCCUUCGGCCUGUCCACGGCCCUCCCCCUCGGCGACGUUCGUCCCAAGUGGGCGUCGUCGGUGCAGCCUUGGUGGGACCUGGAGUGCGACCGCGACCUGCUGCUGGGCACCUUCCUGCACGGGUUCGGGGCCUACCCGAAGAUGAAGGCCGACCCACGCCUGUGCUUCUCGACCAAGAUCCUCGGCCUCGAGCUCCGAAGCCCCAGCCAAACCACCGGAGGCGGCGAAACCGACACCGGGACUGCUGCUGCUGUCAAACAGGAGGGGCAAAGUGGCGACAAGGACAAGGAGGCGACGACGACGACGACAACGACGGCUGACGGGGACGCUCCGACGCCAUCCCCGACCCCGACUCCGGCCUCCUCUUCGAAACGGCAAGCUUCUCCGGACGCACCCGCCAUUGGCAGAAGGAUCAGCCUGUUCAAGGGCGUUUUCAGCCAGCCCGGUAGCAGUCGAUGGGUCGCCAUCGCCAGAGAUGGCAAGCGGCAGGCCUCCUUCCUCGGCUCACACGCCACCGAGGUGGGCGCUGCGAAGGCGUACGACCGCUUCACGCGGAAGGCGUACGUCGGGCAAGAGCUCAAGGCCGGGAACGCGGAGCCUGACAAAUCCAAGGCUCCGACCAACUUCAAUCUCGAUGGCACCAGGCGGGCAGAGGUGCGGAGCGGCGAGAACGAUUGGAGAACGCCCCUUCCGUGGCACCGGAACUCCUGCUACCGAGGCGUGUGCUCCAGCGGGGAGAGGUGGACGGCCUACUCGCUCACGCCCACCGGGAAGGCAUCUCUUGUGGGCUCUUACCCAACCGAGGUCCAGACAACGGCGGAGGGUGCAGCCGCCGCCGCCGCCGCAGUAGCAGCAGGGGCAGGAACGGCGGCGAAACCGUCGGGGCCCGAGCCAUCGUACAACUUCGGCAGCGACCGGGAGGCCCAGGAGCGGCUGGACGCGAUCGCGAUGUUCGAGGCCGGCCUGGAGGCACUGCCGCCGCCGCUGUCGCCCGCCGCCGCCGCAGGCGGAGGCAUUUCGCCGUCGGACGCAAGGCCGGACGCUGCCGCCGCGUUGGUGGAGGUAGACCCCUCGCUCGUGCUCGUCAUGGGGACGAAAGGCAAGCUGAGGAGGAUGGAUAGAGAGGAGAGGAGCGGCAACGGGGAGUCGUCGUCGUCGUCGUCGGCGGCGGCGGCAGUGAAGCCGGGCGCGGCCGGGGCGGGCGCGGAAGGCGCGGAAGGCCCGGAGGGCGGGGGAGGAGAAGAACAGCGGCAGUCAACGGGGGCGGCGGACUCGAGCGCAGAAGCGCUCGCAGCAGCAGCCGCGAUGGCGACUCCAGCCAGCACAGAAACGUUAGCGGUAGCAGGGACGGCGAUAGUGAGAGAGGGGAACGGUUCUCCUUCGGACAGAGGGGGCGAUGGGGGCGGCGGCGGCGGCAGCGGGCGGGGAAAGGGCUCGAGGGAUUGGAAGAGGCUGCCGCUGAGGGGGGGCGGCACGGACGACGGGGGGGCGUGGGAGGCGGCGGGGCGGCGGGCAGCCGCGGUGACGAUGCCGGACGUGAGGCUGCUCAACAGGCUCGUCCACUACCUGGCUACUUCGAGCAAGGCUCUGGAGCUCAAGUCGGAGCAGCACCUCAAGAAGGCGUCCAAGAACGGUGGAGGGCAAGGGUCGUCGAAAGACGGGGGCGGCGGCGGCGGCGGCGGCGGCGGCGGCGGUGGCGGCGGCAAGAACGGCAACGGUCCGCCAACUCCCAGGAGAAGGACUUCGGGGUCUGCCGCCGCGAAGAGGCUCAAGAGCAGCGGCGGCGCGGCGGCGGCGGAACAAGUGGACAUCCGCGAUAUCUCUGAGGAGAGAAGACUCGGGGUGGUCACGGACCGGCAGGAGAGCGCCGCGAUCGGGCUUGUUCAGGCUUGGGCGGAGACCGGGUCGGAAGCCCCCCUGUCCGAGGAGCCCUCGCGGUCGCCCUCGCCCUCACCUCCAUCCGUCCCAGAUCACCAGGCGUGGCGAGCUGCUCUGGCGUCAGCCCUGGAGGUCUUGCCAAAGCAAACGGCGGAGAGCACCCCCGCCACGUGGACGUUCUGGGAGAGGAAGAUGCUCUGCGCGGCCCUCCUGGCACAGGGGGCGCCGAGUUCCAACAACGAUGAUACGGUGCAUCCGGGCGUUAUUCGGUUGAUGCAGGGGCGUGAGCCGUUCGACACGUCUAUGGACGGCAUGGACAUUGAGGUCAUGAAGGGCUUCACGUGGGAGUCUAUCAUCGCCAGCGCCAACUUGUCGAGGACCCCGCACGACGUGGCCCACUACUACCUCAAGCACUUCUUGCCGCUGUGCGUCGAGCUUUGCCGCCCCGGCGCCGGUGCCGGCGGCCACAAGGACGCCUCCGGCGCGCCCGCCGCCGCCGCCGCCGCCGCGGACUCCACAGACAGUGGCGGGGCUCCGCAAACGACCGGAGGAAGCACGAACGGCAAGGCCGGCGGCGGCGGCGGCGGCGGCGGCGGGGAGGUCGCUGGCUCGGCCGUUCCGGCGCCGCCGUCCUCCCGAGAGGCGGAGGCGGCGGCGGGGGGGGGAGGUGGAGGGACGGAUGCCACGGACCCCCUGUCGUUCUUCCCGGACCCCACAAGGGACGCGUCGGAGCACAGUCCCGUGGCGAGGGGGGUGGCAUACAUCUUCCUCAAGAGGCAGCAGCUCCUGCGCACGAUUAGGUUUUUCCUCCACAAGAGGAAGGACGCGGUGGCGCAAUGGUCCCGCAACGUGCAGUCCGCGCAGAUCAAGCACGACAAGGAGGGCUUGCCGAUGUGGUGGUGUCCGUGGAUCCACGACCUGGGGCUGAUGGCGGGCUGCGUCCGUCACGGCUUCAUGAACAUCAACGCCAUGCGGGGCGACUCGGCGCUGCCGCUCAACCCCGGCGCCGUCAACGACCACAUCACGCGCGCGCUGGUCGUCGGGGUCGAAGACCCCGUGUCCCACAUGGACGAAGACUUCCCCACGGCGGGGGUGGCGCCGUCGCCGUCGGCUAACAACCCGUCGGCACCUUCCGCCGGCGCCGGCGCCGGCGGCUCCAGCGGCAACGGGAAGGCGAGCGGCGGCGGCGGCGGCGCCAGCGGCUCGGGGUAUUCGAUCGCGAAUGCGCUCGCGGUGGCGGCGGCGGCGGUCAGGGCGGGCAAGGGCUUCGACGGCACCGACGGCCGGGUGCAGGCGUGGCUGGCGGAGACGUGCUCGGAGUUCCCGACGCGGCGGGCGGCGGAGGAGCGGGUGUUCCGGAUCUGCAUGGCGCUGGCCAAGCCCAUGCCGCUGGGGAGCCCGUUGAGAGUGCGGUGUUACAACAGCGCCAAUGCCAAGUUCACGGAUUCGGUGACGGAGCCGUAGCUACGGCGGGAGCCGUGAUCCUCUUGCUUUGUUUUCGUUUGUUUGUUGCUGGUGGUGGUGGUGGUUGGUGCUCUUGUAUUGGCUGCUGUGUUCCAGCAUUUAUGCGAGUACCCUUCUCCGUGUGGUCACAGGUGUGGGCGCUGGCGUAUGCUGCGAUAAGUGUUGUGCGUCUGCGGCGGCGGUUUGAGUCCAGGGCUGGGGUGUUCUUGUAGUCGUGGGCGCAUGCAGUUCAGUCGCGGCCUUCCGUCUAUAACCCGGAUGGAUAACGGGAGAAGGUGGCACAAUCCUCCUCCUCCUCCUCCCACCUCCCUCUGCAGGGUGUAUCACUGCACUGCCGUUGUUAUGGCUCUCGCCGAAUACCGCGCUUCUUGCUGCUGUUGGGCAGAUCGACGCCUUGUUUGCGCGGAGCUUUUCACGUGAUGUAUGCGCGGAAAGAAGGGAUUCGGGGCAAUCUAGCGUGGAGUUGUUGCGCCGCGUUGUAGUGACGAUUGACCUGACCAAACCUCAGACCUCUCUCCCGCUGACGGCACUUACUUGUCGCCUCAUGAUGUAAGUUGCUUGUUCGGGAUUGGUGGUCGUCAACGGUGUGACUUUUAGCAGUGGUCGGUCACCCCUUCCAUCCCCGUUCCUGUUUUGUGGCUUGAUGGGUUUUGGGAAUGGAGCCGCUGGUGGAAAAGUAUGCUGCUUGUUGGCGCCAUUCUGGAAGCCCUAAUAGCGCGACGACAGCAGCAGCAGUUGUCUUGUCUGCAAAGCUUGGGGCUAUGUAUAGUGAUGACCUCUCUGUAAUGUUGUGCAGAUAGAUGUUUGUGCCCGCCUUUGUGAUGACGCGGUGUUGUUUUAAGGCCUUGUUGAGUACUGUACGUGUGGCAGCGGAAAUUUAUUAUUUCUCCCCGCGCGGGGGGCGAGUUGGGUGUUGUUGUUGUCGUCGUCGCCCCGGUUUGUUGGUGCACCACCGAAACGACGGAUGAUGGCGGUGCUGGUGCGCUCGUUUUGCUGG